GAUUUAGCUAGCACAUUAGCUAAAUUAAUAAUGGAGGGCUUUACGAUAUGGUGCUGUAUCCAAGUGUUAAUUUGUUGUUUGAUGUCCGAUGUGCACUGUACGGUUACAUCCACGUUAUACACGACAAUUGCCUUUAAGUAUUAUGACGUCGUUGGCUCACGACUUUUUCACGACAGUCAACUUGGUAGCCAACUUGGGCGGGAGGAGGUAUGAGCAUGCAUACCUUGUAGCUUUGGCAGAGCGAGCUUCUGUGAACUUACUGACAUCUUUCGGCAUCAUAGCCAUUAGUCACAAUUCACCAUUGCCCCUCCAUGCCCCUGCUAGUGAGUAGACGUUACUUUCAGGCUUUCAAGACGGACCUUGUCCUGCCAGUGCCCCUGAGAAGAGCGAGCCUCAGCUGCUACAAUUUCUGCUGGAUCGUUGAGUUUUUGGAUAAGUACUCAGACACAUUUAAUUUAGAGCUCUAUGUGCAUGCACUUCAUUUUUGUUCGCUGGCCAGCUUCUAUAAUUUUCCUUCAAGCACUAUUUAGAGACAUUUGCUUGCAAUCUGUUUUGGACAUUGUAGUUCUUGGAGUGAGACAGGACUCAAUACCUUAAGGGACAUAUGCACAUGUCCCAGGGUUAGGCACAAAUGAGUUGAACUACAACAUGAGUGGAAGUGUUGCAACAGAUAGUAACAUUUAUUUCCAUAUUAGUUCUGAUCAUAAGUUAAAGGGGACAGAAAUUUAGACUUCACCAUACUCGUUCAGUGGGAAGUUUUGUUGUUGUUGAGUUAAAUUUUCUUUAGAUUUCAAAUGCAUGGUGGAUGCGAGAAAAUUGAUGAUGAUGAUGUUCUGAAGCUGUCAAGAAUAUACAUGCUUCAGUACAUAAAACCAUAUGAGAGAUUGGACACAGGUGAUAAAUUGCUGUCAAACCCCAACUAGUCCUCUGUUGUUAAAGAUACUGUUUCAGCUGUUAUUCUUUGAUAAGCUGACAUAUUGGUUACAGUACCAGACCGGUUUUAUUUGAUGGAAAACCUCUGACAUCUCCUAAAAACUGAACUUGAAGAGAAAUUAGUAAAUAGAGGAGAGUGAUGGUUAUAAAAUCAGUUACAGAUAUUUGUCAGUUAAAUAUGUGACAUCUGUUUUACUCUGGAGGAGGCUGUGAAACUUUGGAAAUUCUGAGACAAGUUGAUGAGUCAGUGAAGCUCACUUCCACUGAUGUUGCAGCAUACAAGCUGCUCCGUCCGUCCACCCAUCCAGGGCCUGAGACGCUGGUUGUUUUUGAGUUAUCACCUCCAGCUCCUUGCACAUAACCAGGUAGAUGCUGGGCCUGAUCUCUGAGCACACUAACAAUGACAAAAAGGGACCCGGGAGGAAAGGCUAAUUUUUUUUCAACCCAAAAUACUUUACUGUUCAUGGUAGAAAAUGUUUAUAAUACAGUAAAAAAUUUAUGUAGCCAAAGUCAACAUUUUAUAUACAGUGUAAGUGAACAACAUUGCCAACACUGCUGGUGUUUUGAUUUUAAAGGCUUUAUAAGAACUGUGGUAUAAUUUCUGUUGGUGAUUAACAUUUUUGAGUGCCUGGUUCUCUACUAUCUCAAGGCCCUCACGGCCCGCCUCCUGGACCCCCUGCAGUUUGCAUACAGAUCCAGGUCUGUAGACGAUGCUAUCAACAUGGCUCUACACUUCAUCCUGCAGCAUCUGGACUCCCUGGGAAUCUACGCCAGGAUCCUGUUUGUGGACUUCAGCUCUGCCUUCAACACCAUCCUUCCAGACCUUCUCCAAAGCAAGCUUUCCCAGAUGAAUGUGCCUGAACCCAUCGGCUGAUGGAUCACUGACUUCCUGACGGAUGGAGUCAGGAAGUGUAAGAAUUGAUUGUGGGAAGGAGUUUUACUUGGCACCGUUCAUCCAGGAAAGGCUGGCAGAAUACAGCUACAAUUGGCAGAGGCAGCCCUCCAUCAGGAUAGAUAUCACAAAUGUGAUGGAGGUAUGGAGUGCACACAGAAUCCCAGCAACAUUCCACUCACAUGCAGAAGACUUGUGCUCUCAGCAGGAACCUUGUGCAGCCAUGUCGGUGUGGGGUGAGAGUAUGAAGCACAAAAGCAGACCAACUCUACAACUUCUUUUUAGUGGUGACAGAACAAACAGGGACUGAACAGUUGUUUCACGCCUACGAUGAGGACUCUCAACAGAGAUCAUGUGCAACUGUGUCUGUGUGGGGUGGGGUGAGAGUAUGAAGCAGAGAAGCAAACCAGCUCAACAACUUCCUCUCAGUGGUGACAGAGCAACAUAACGAGAGGCUGAACAUCGUUGUAAGGAAUCAUGGAUUACGGUGACUAUAAUAACACAUAUCCUGAUGAUAAUUACACAUUUACUGACAUUGAGUCUGUGACUCCUGAGAUUAAGCCGAUCCAGAUUGUGGCUCUGGUCAUGUACAGCCUUGUGGUCCUGCUGGGUGUGCCUGGAAAUGCUCUGGUGGUGUGGGUGACGGGGUUCUGCAUGUCCCGCUCUGUCACCUCCCUCUGGUUCCUCAACCUCGCUUUGGCUGAUCUUCUGUGCUGCCUCUCCAUCCCCUUGCUUAUGGUCCCUCUGGUGCACGACGACCACUGGCACUUUGGUCCGCUGGCCUGCAUGCUCAUCAGAGGCCUGUUUUACCUGGUGAUGUACUGCAGCAUCCUGCAGCUGGUUGUGAUCAGCGUGGAUCGUUUGUUGCUGGUCAUCAGACCCAUCUGGUGUCAGAACCACAGGCGACCCAAACAGGGUGCUUAUGGAUGUGUUGCUGUGUGGGUCCUGGCCCUGAUAGGCAGUAUCCCACAGUUUGUGUACGCCAAGCAGAUUGAGGCGGGUGACGAGAAGAGAGAGUGUAGGAUGGAGUACACUGUAGACAGUGCCUGGCCUGUUUUUGCUUUUCGCUUCCUGAUUGGAUUCAUUAUUCCUUUCCUGGUUAUUCUAGUUUGUCACUUGGUGGUUUUCAGCAACACACAGAGGAGAAUGACACGUAGUCGGACUGGAUCCAAGAAAACACUGAGGGUCGUCAUCUCUGUGGUGCUGAGCUUCUUCUUGUGCUGGAUACCUCUGCACAUCGUGGAUUUCCUCAUACUGACCACCCCUUGGGGUACUUAUGUGAGUCCCAAACUUCACCUGGCACACGUUCUAGCGCUCUGCCUGGCUUACUUCAACAGCUGCCUCAACCCUCUGCUCUAUGUGUGUCUGGGUCAAAGCUUCAAAGAAAGCAUGAACCGCUCCCUGCGUAACAUCUUCCACUUCAUCAGCGAGGACCCGACCACCAAGAAGAGUGUCACUAAUGUGGACACCAAGAGCACCAGCAGUGGCAAAGAAAUGACAAAAAUAUAACUUUCUUGCAUAUGAAGGACUGCUGUAACAUAAACAUUUCUGUCAUGAAGUUUAGCAAAAGACUUUGGCUUGGAUUUAAGUCUGUGAAUACAAAUACACAAAAGUGCAUUCAAGUUAUGAAGAUUUUUUUUCCAGUGAAUUUGGGUGGUAAGUCAAGUCAAAUGUUAAGAUUUCAAAAGCAGAACUGAUAGUUACACUGUAAGGUUUCUGUAAAAAUCCAUGUCUUACGCAACAAAACUCAUGAAAGUUCUAUUUUUGGCUGUCACAGAAGAAUUACUUCAGAGCAUUAUGUAUAUGAUGUAUUUUCUGACUUUUUGUCAUGUUUUAGUGUAGUUUGGUAGCAGAAAUAAAAUACAUAGAAAUUUGAUUACUUUUUCGCAGUGAUUAUAGAAAAAUGCUGAUUACAUCUUCUUGUAUACAUGCUGUUUUCAUAGACCACAAGAGGGAGACACACUCUAAAUGGCUGACACUCAAUUUGCUGUAGAACUCAAAUAAAUCAAAACUAUUAAUACCAGUUAUAACUGCUAUUAACAGUUAUGAUUUUCAGUUAUAUAUCUCUUUUAAGCCCCAGUAUGUUUCAGAGCCAUAGAUCCUGCAUAGGUUUUUAGAUUCUAUUAAUAGCAGGUGGUUGGUCCUUUGCUUAAUUUUGCUAAAUCUAAAAUCUAUCAGGAAUCUUGGAAUAGUUUUUGACUUUUGCUUUCACUUUGAAUGUUCAUCUCAAAUGUCUGCUUAAGAAACAAGUGAAGUCCCAUUGUGUGACGCUCUGAACUAAAUGUGUUUUUCAUGCAUUUAUUUCAUUAUGUGUGGAUUAUUAAAAUCCAUUGUUCACUUCUGAACACUCCAGGUUGUUCUGAACACUGCUGCAAGGCUUCUGACUAAAUCUUCCAGGUACUCUUAUGUCCCACCGUUGCUGACCCAGCUGUACUGGGUCGUCAUUAAAUUCAGUCUCCACUUUAAGAUUCAAAUUUUGACCACAGACAAGCACCAGCGUACAUUAGUGAACUUUUACAUCCAUACGUCCCCAGCAGGUCCUGUGAUCACCUCCUGAUCACCUGGGGAUACUGGCUGUGCAUUACAUGAGGCACUAAAUGGAAUGAGAGCUAUUUGUAACAGUGGCCUCCAGACUCUAUAACUCUGUAACUCUCUAACUCUUGGUCAUCACGAUGACUUGGUGGUCUCUUUCAAACAACAGCUGAUAAAAAAAUCAUCUUUUUAAAGCUUGAGUUUGUGAUGUUUAUCUUGAAAGUUGAUGUAAAAAAAUGUACAUAUAUGUACUUAUAUUUCUAUCUAUAUGAUGGAGGUAUUUUGAGGCAAAGAGACAAGAGCUACGAUAAAUAGUAAAAUCUGGGGUUUGACCAUCAUUACAUAACUAUUAAUAUUGUUUACCAUUACAUAUAGUUUGCUAUUACAUAUCAAGGCUCAAUACACGCUAUUGGCUGUAUAGAUACUUUGAUACUAUACUCAACAGAGAGAGUUGGUCAUGAGCUGCAAAUCCAUCCAUCCAUCCUCUCAUCCUACAGUGGAUUGCCAGUCCUUCACAAGGUUAAAGCAGAGAGCUUAACAUCACGUAGGGGGGGAAAUGUAUUCUUGAAAGUUUUCAAUCAGGAUUUCUGCCUUUCUAACUUUUAACAUAUAAAACAGAACCUUAAUUUUUGCAUUAUAUGAAAUAUUAAGAAUAUAUUAACCUUCAUUUUGCUC